UGUGACAAUCAACCAAAAAAACAAGUCGAAAAGAGAAGUGAAUUCGAAGACUGGAGAAUACAACCAAGUAGCUACAGUAUUUAUACCCCGGUCCAGUCUGAGUCAUAUCUACAACUAAUGAGUCAUAAGGCUAUGUACCGCUGGUCAUGGGUUGUAGUAGAACCUUCCGGAAGCAUAUGUCGCGCAGCCUUGAAUCGAUAAGGAUAAUCCCUGGAACCCCUCGCCCAGAUCGUCUGAUGC